AUCUGCUUCGCAUCUGUACUCUCUUCCUGACCUUAAUUGACAUGGUCCAAGGCUCCAUGUUAACCGACCGACCCUUCAUCACCGUCUGGAACGCAAACACCAAGUGGUGCCUAGAGAGGCACGGUGUGGAUGUGGAUGUCAGUGUCUUUGAUGUGGUAACCAACCAAGGGCAGACCUUCCGUGGUCCUAACAUGACUAUUUUCUACAGCUGGCAGCUGGGCACCUACCCCUACUAUACAACCAGUGGGGAGCCCAUAUUUGGUGGCCUGCCCCAGAAUGCCAGCCUGGAUACCCAUCUGGCUCACACAUUCCAGGACAUCCAGGAUGCCAUGCCUGCACCUGACUUCUCAGGGCUGGCAGUCAUUGACUGGGAAGCAUGGCGUCCACGCUGGGCCUUCAACUGGGACACCAAGGACAUUUACCGACAGCGCUCACGGGCACUAGUACGGGCACAACACCCUGACUGGCCAGAAAUUUGGGUGGAGGCAGUAGCCCAGAACCAGUUCCAAGAGGCUGCACAGGCUUGGAUGGCAGGUACCCUCCAGCUGGGACAGGCACUACGUCCUCGUGGCCUCUGGGGUUUCUAUGGCUUUCCCAAUUGCUACAACUAUGACUUUCAAAGUCCCAACUACACAGGCCAGUGCUCACAAGACAUCCGUGCCCAGAAUGACCAGCUGGGGUGGCUGUGGAACCAGAGCCGUGCCCUUUAUCCCAGUAUCUACCUGCCUGCAGAACUGGUGGGCACAGGGAAGGCACAGAUGUUUGUGGAGCACCGUGUGGGUGAGGCGUUCCGUGUAGCUGCUGCUGCCAGGGACCCCAAUCUGCCUGUGCUGCCCUAUGUCCAGAUCUUCUAUGACAUGACAAACCAUCUUCUGCCCCUGGAAUCAUGCCAGGCCAUUAAGGACUAUAUGGAUACCACACUGGGGCCCUUCAUCCUGAAUGUGACCAGCGGGGCUCUUCUCUGCAGUCAAGCCCUGUGCUCUGGCCAUGGCCGAUGUGCUCGCCGCCCAGGGCACCCCAAAGCCCUGCUCUUCCUCAGCCCUGCCCGUUUCUCCAUCCAGCUCACUCCUGGUGGCAAACCCUUGACCCUGAAGGGUGCCGUCUCACUUGAGGAUCUGGCACAGAUGGCUGUGAAGUUCAAAUGUCGCUGCUACCAUGGCUGGCGUGGAACAUGGUGUGAACAGCAGGGCAUGUGAUGACUGGCCUCACCAGAUUGCACAUAUUGAACACCUAGUGCACUUUGGG